GAACUUCAACACACAUUCUGUGUUUCUAGGUUACAGCCGUACACAGACGGUUGCGGUGAACCAUGGCAACGAAUCUCGUGGGCGUGCCCGGCGCGCAGACCAUACGCUUCAGACGGCCGGUGAACCGACAGCAAACAGAGGGCAGCAGUGCGCCCGAAGUCAAGAAAAUGAAGAACAGGCACUCAGGACUAUUGCAGGAUCAACUGCGCAGGGCUCAGAAGGCUCCGUGGACUCCCAGCAUGUCUGUAGUGUUCAGGGUAUUCUUACUCGUCCGAGUUAUGGGAGCGAUGUAUGUGAAUCUCAACGACUGUGAUGAAGUCUUCAAUUUCUGGGAACCUUUACACUACUUGAGCCGUGGACAUGGAUUCCAGACCUGGGAGACAUCUCCUAUGUAUUCUAUUCGUAGUUGGGCAUACAUUUUGCUGCACUAUCUUCCGACCAGAAUCCCUCUGUAUAUGUACGGCCCAGAGAAACGUCCCGCCUUUUUUGCAGUUCGCCUUAUACUGGCUUUACUAUCCUCCCUCUGCGAGGCCUUCUUAUACAGGAGAAUUGCCGACUAUGUCAAUUACAGAGUCGCUCGCUACUUCCUCUUCACUACAAUCCUCUCUGCUGGAAUGUGGAACGCUUCAGUCUCUUUCUUGCCCUCGUCAUUUGCUAUGUACACCACUGCUGUCGGCUUCGGCUUUUUCCUCGACCAUGCUAACAAAAGCAAUUUCCGCCGCACCAUGCUUGCUACCCUGUCGUUCGCAGCAGGUGCUAUCGUCGGCUGGCCUUUUGCGGCUGCAAUUGCCAUCCCGUUCGUCUUCGAGGAAUUGUACUUGUACGGUACGGACCAGGUCGCACCAAGGGAACGCCUUUUCUGGAGGAUUACUCGGUGGAAACGCAUGAUUGCCUGCGUUGCUGUAGCCGCUCUACUCUUCAUUCCAGUUGUUGCCCUGGACACGCUCUUCUACGGCGAGCUUACAGCUGUCCCGUGGAACAUUAUCAAAUACAAUGUUUUUCCUGAAGGCGAGCGUGGUCCCGACCUCUAUGGGACGGAGUCCGUGUAUUACUAUUUCCACAACUUGCUGCUCAACCUGAACGUUGUCGUUCCUUUCGCACUCGCCUCGCUUCCUGCGCUUGCCAUCACCCACCGUAUCGAGUACAAGCGUCUAGGCGACCGCGCUGGGCCGGAGAGCAGCUCACACUACACCGAGAUGGCCGUCAGACUUGCCCCGAUGUACCUCUGGUUCGCGAUCAUGUCCGCCCAGCCUCACAAGGAGGAACGCUUCCUGUAUCCGGUCUACCCCUUGAUCUACUUCAAUGCGGCUGUCACGAUAUAUCUCGCCCGCGGCUGGAUGGAGGUUGCGUACGUCAAGAUUACGAAGUCGCCUUAUAGGGCGUCCAUCGCUGUAAUCUUUAGUAGGUUUACGCUGUCAGUUGUCACGGCAUCUAUGGUCAUCUCCGUCUCGCGCCUGCUCGCCCAGUGGUCGUACUACCAUGCGCCUCAGACGGUUAUGUACCACUUCGAUCAAUACGAGAUCCCGAGCAUCCUGAACCGGACUGGCUACGUCCAUUUGCCGCCCCCACCAAAAGACGGCCGAUAUCGUAUUCCCGAGAAGGAGGAAGACGAGCCUCGAGUAGACUACGAUCUCAUCUACCCAUUCAACCUGACAUUGUGCGUGGGCAAGGAAUGGCACCGUUUCCCGGGACACUACUACGUACCUGACGGCGUUCGCGUCGAGUGGAUCAAGAGCGAAUUCGAUGGGAUGCUUCCCGGGCACUUCAAGCCGACGCCGCGCUGGGGCGGGUUGAUGGCGAGGCUCGAGGGCACGCACAACGUCCCCGUUGGGCUCAACGACCUGAAUAAGGAGGAGCCGUCGUUCUACGUUGACGUGUCUACGUGCGACUAUCUCAUGGACCUCGAUUUCCCCCUCCAUCCGGUUUCUACCUCCCUUGAGCCUCGGUACGCUAUCGACAACGACACCUGGGAGCGCGCAUAUUGCCAAAAGUUCCUGGACACUCGCCACUCGCCGCUGCUUACUCGUGCACUCUGGAUGCCCGGUUCACGGUGGCAGGAGAUGAACGAAUACGGAGAUUAUUGCCUGCUGAAGCACAGGGCGAACAUGGAACGGAAAGAAAAUGCUUUGAAUGUGCGCAAAGACUGAUACUAUCUAGACUCUUAUCGUAUGAUUGCAGACUGGGCUAAUAGCAUGAUGAAUACAUAAAAUUUACGAUCGCC